AUGAAUGGCGUUGAUUUACCUCCUAGCCCUCCUUCUCUUCCAAUCAUCGGUCAUCUUCACUAUCUUCUCUUCUCUUUCAUACACCACAAGACUUUCCAACUCCACACGUGUUUACAUACACUCUCUUCCAAGUAUGGACCUCUCCUCCAUCUCAAUUUAUAUUUCUUUCCUGUCAUUCUUGUCUCUUCUGCCCCUGAAGCCUAUCAAAUCUUCAUGACCCACGACGUGAACGUUUCAUCUCGCAACAUCCCUACGAAGGAAGGGUACCUCCUCUUCGAUACUUCUGGAUUCGUUAUGGCACCUUAUGGAGAAUACUAUAAGUUCAUGAAGAAACUCAUUGUUACAAAUAUGUUCGGACCCCAAGCAUUAGAGCAUUCGCGAAGCAUCCACGCAGAUGAGCUUGAGAGGUUAUACUGGAACUUGGUCGAUAAGGCGAAUAAGAAAGAGAGCGUGGACAUUAAGAAGGAAGCCAUGGAGCUCAUAGGGAAUAUCAUUUGCAGGAUGAGCUUCGGAAGAAGGUUUACAGAGAAGAUUGGUGAGGCAGAUAGUGUUCAAGGUUUGGUUAUCAAGUCAAGUGGUUCGAAGAAGAAGAGGGUUUUGGAAAUCUUGUUGUUCAGACAGCUAGAGAAGCUUAGAAUUUCAAGAUUCAAGAAGGAUAUAACGGGCGUUUUCAAAAAACUAGACGAGCUGCUAGAGAAGAUUCUAUUGAAACACAAAGAGAAACCGAACAUGAAUGGAUAUACGGAUAUGAUGGACGUGUUGUUGGCAGUUUAUGAAGACGAAAACGCAGAAUACAAGAUCACCAAAAACCACAUCAACGCAUUUUUCGUGGAGCUUAUUUUUGGAGGCAUUGAUACCAACGUGAACACACUACAAUGGACAAUGGCCGAGAUCAUUGGCAACCCGAUUAUUUUGGAGAGAUUGAGAGAAGAAAUUGAUUCCGUCGUAGGGAAAUCAAGAUUGAUUCAAGAAACAGAUCUACCAAACCUGCCUUACUUGCAAGAUGUCAUCAAAGAAGUUCUAAGAUUGAACUCGCCAGUGCCUCUCAUACUAAGGGAGUUUCAACAAGGAUGGCAAGAAGAGAACAGAAAUGAGAAGGCAAUGAAGUUUCUUCCGUUUAGUGGCGGUAGGAGAGGAUGUCCUGCAUCAAAACUAAGUUAUAUGGUACUAGGAACAACAAUAGGUAUGAUGGUGCAGUGCUUUGAGUGGAAAAUCAUAGGAGAGAAGGUCAACAUGGAUGACCAGUAUAAAGGUCUCAACAAAGCCAUGGCUCAUUCUCUUACGUUGACUCCUGUUACUCGACUAUCAAACCUUGAACUGAAAACUCCAAGGGACAGGAUAAUUCCAGCGAGCCUCAACGGCGGCGUUGCCGUCACAGCCAUCCACGAGGUCUGCCUUGUGGUUGCAGCAGCGCUCGAUCAUCGGUAUGAUGAUGAAGGAAACAAGUGGCUACGUUCAAAACAAACACAUGGCAUUGAUUUACCUCCCAGCCCUCCUUCUCUUCCAAUCAUUGGUCAUCUUCACUAUCUUCUCUUAGCUUUCCUAAACCACAAGUCUUUCCUACUCCACAAGUCUCUCCAUACACUCUCUUCCAAGUAUGGACCUCUCCUCCAUCUCCAAUUCUUUUUCUUUCCUGCCAUCCUUGUCUCUUCAGCCCCUGUAGCCUACGAGAUCUUCACGACCCAAGACGUGAACAUUUCAUCUCGCAGCCUCUUCUUGGAUACUUCUGGAUUUUUUACCGCACCUUAUGGAGAAUACUUUAAGUUCAUGAAGAAACUCAUUGUUACAAAUAUGUUCGGACCCCAAGCAUUAGAGCAGUCCCGAAGCAUCCGCGCAGAUGAGCUCGAGAGGUCAUACAGGAACCUGGUCGAUAAGGCAAAGAAGAAGGAGAGCGUCAACAUUAAGAAGGGAGCCUUGGAGCUCGUAGGGAACAUCGUUUGCAGAAUGAGCUUCGGAAGGAGGUUUGCAGAGGAGAUAGGUGAGGCGGAUAGUGUUCAAGGUUUGGUUAUCAAGUUAAAUGGUACGAAGAAGAAGAAGAUUUUGGAAAUGAUGUUGUUCAGACAGCUAGAGAAGCUUGGAAUUUCAAUAUUCACGAAGGACAUAACGGGCGUUUUCAAAAAACUCAACGAGCUGCUAGAGAAGAUUCUAUUGGAACACAAAGAGAAACCAAACAUGGAUGGAUAUACGGAUAUGAUGGACGUGUUGUUGGCAGUUUAUGAAGACGAAAACGCAGAUUACAAGAUCACUAAAAACCACAUCAACGCAUUUUUCAUUGAGCUUAUUUAUGGAGGCAUUGAUACCACCGUGAACACAAUACAAUGGACAAUGGCCGAGAUCACUCACAAACCGAUUAUUAUCGAGAGACUGAGAGAAGAAAUUGAUUCCAUUGUAGGGAAAUCAAGAUUGAUUCAAGAAACAGAUCUACCAAACCUCCCUUACUUGCAAGCUGUCAUCAAAGAAGUACUAAGAUUGCACCCGCCAGUGCCUCUCAUACUAAGGGAGUUUCAACAAGGAUGUAAGAUAGGAGGGUUCUUCGUACCGGAGAAAACGAGACUUUUAAUUAACCUCUAUGCUGUGAUGAGAGAUCCAGAUUUCUGGGAGGACCCUCUUGAGUUCAAGCCAGAGAGGUUUCUAACUUCUUCAAGAUCAGGGCAAGAAGAGGAGAGAAAUGAGCAAGCAAUGAAGUAUCUUCCUUUUAGUGGCGGUAGGAGAGGAUGUCCUGCAUCAAAACUAAGUUAUAUGGUCCUAGGAACAACAAUAGGAAUGAUGGUGCAGUGCUUUGAGUGGAGAAUCAUAGGAGAGAAGGUCAACAUGGAUGAAAGGUAUAGAUGUCUCAUCAAAACCAUGGGUCAUCCUCUUACGUUGACUCCUGUUACUCGACUAUCAAACCUUGAAUUGAAAACUUCAUUUGUCACGGAGACGAGGCUUUACGUCUUUGUUGAAAAGACGGACAGGAUAAUUCCAGCGAGUCUCAACGGCGGCGAUGGCCGUCGCAACCAUCCACGAGGUCUGCCUUGCCGUUGCAGCAGCGCUCAUCGGUAUGAUGUGAAGGAAACAAGUGGAUACGUUCGAUAG